AUGGCCAUACUGCCCUUCACCCGGCCCCGUUGCCUCCUGCCCCUCUUCCUGGGGUUUUUCCAGGGCGCCCUGCUCCUCUUCUUUGCCCUCUUCGUCACCUUUGAUGAGCCCUCAGCGCAGGCAGAGGAUGCCACCUUGGUGGCCUACCAGAUCUACAGCACCUUUCCCUUCUUCCAGGACAUCCAGGUGAUGCUGGUGGUGGGGCUGGGGCUCCUGCUGACCUUCCUGCCCCGCUACGGGCUCAGUGCCCUCACCCACAACUUCCUCCUGCUCAACUUCUCCAUGCAAUGGGCGCUAGUGCUGCAGGGCUUGAUCCACCACUUCCACCACGGCCAGGUCCACCUGGAUCUCCUCAAACUCCUCAUCUCUGAGUUUGCUGCUGUGACGGUGCUCAUCUCCGUGGGGGCCAUCCUGGGGAGGACCAGCCCCUGCCAACUGCUCGCCAUGGCCACCUGUGAGGUCCCUGCCUACCUCGCCAGUGAGUGGGUCAUUGUCAACUGUCUGGGCGUUCUGGAUGUGGGUGGCACCAUCACAAUCCAUGUCUUCUCCUGCUAUUUCGGCCUCGGCGUGUCCAAGGCUCUGUUCUGGGCAGGGCAGAAGCCACUGCACCCCAAGGAGACCCCAACGCCCCGCUCCGACCUCAUGUCCCUGAUGGGGAUGCUCAUCCUCUGGGUUUUCUGGCCCAGCUUUGUGGCUGUCCUGUGCCAACCAGGCGAUGCCCAGCACCGUGCCAUCCUGAACACCCUCCUGGCCAUGAGUGCCAGUGCCAUAACCACCGUGGUGGUCUCCAGCCUGCUGGAGAGGGACGGCAAGCUCAGCCCCAGCCACCUGCAAAACGGUAGCCUGGCCGGCGGGGUGGCCAUCGGCGCGGUGGCCGACAUGGCCAUGCCGCCAGCGGCCGCUCUUGCCCUGGGCGGCCUCUCGGCCGUGACGUGUGUCCUCGGCUUCAGGUUCCUCACCCCACUCCUGGAGAAGAAGUUCGCAUUCCAGGACCAGUGUGGCAUCCACAAUCUCCAUGGCUUGCCCGGCAUCCUCGGCGCCACAGCCAGCGCCGUGGCCAUCCUGGUGGUAUCCAAGGACACCUCCGGGUCCCACGUCUCCCAGCUUAGACAGGCGCUGUGCCAGGCAGCAGGGCUGGCAGUGGCCAUCGGGGCCUCACUUAUUGCCGGGCUGCUCACUGGUGCCACACUUCGGCUGCCCUGCCUGGCCCGACCACCUGAGCGGCUCUGCUUCGAUGACUCACUGUAUUUUAAGUUCCAGGAUCAGGAUGAGAGCCUCGGCCCAGGCAGCACGACUGAGGAAGGAGCCCUGGCUCUGAAGGAGCAUGUCUAG